AUGAGUAACGCCUCUGGAGCUUCUAGUGGAUCGUCAAUCCAUCGUUCAAGAGGCAGAUUUUAUGGGGUGCCAAAAACCUGUCCGUGUGGGGAACAAAUCAUGGAAUUGAUUUCCAAAUCCAACAACAAUCCUUACCGGCGUUACUAUCGUUGUGGCUAUGCUGUGGCUAGGAAGCUUGCGAAUGAUAACCACAUGUUCAAGUGGGUUGAUGAGGCUCACUUAGAGGAGAUAGAGCAUUGA